CCCGGAGCCUUAUCCAGAGCCUCGAUAACACCCAACGCAGCUCCGCGCCCCCCAAUCCACUUCCAACCGAAGCAGAACAACGGCUCCACCGAAGAACGGCAGGCAGCCAGUCGCACUCCCCCCGCCGACUCGUCGAUUGGAUUGUUGGAGAUGCCAUUUACUAGCUGUGUGCACCAGUAAGUGGUGACUGAAUCGCCCCUAUCGUGGUGAUCGAACCAUCCCAAGUUUCAAACCAACACAAUGCAAGCCAUCUCUAUAUGCGGUUCAGUUGCCUCAACCCAUGGAGCAAACUGCAGAGCAGCUUUCCUUGCGAAGAAUGAUCUGGCGCCACCUUGCGAGGUAAAUUCAGUAAGUCAUGGAGCACACUCAUGGCGUUGGCAUGCGCAUAAACUGCACAUGAGGACCGAUAGCAGAAGAAUGAAUACUACAAUAAGAACUAAUGCUAGAUGGCUGUUUGGAGGAGAUGGUCGUAGUAGUGAUGCAAGGCUGGAGCGCAGUGAGGCUGCUAAUGAAGAUAUCUUGAUCUUUUACUUCCAGUUGGAUUUACAGACCCGGAUACAAUAUGCAUUGAAUAUAGAACAAUUUGAUGUGGCAAAGCAAAUGAGGGAAAAACUCACUGAGAUUGAAACAGAAAUAAUUAGGCAACGUGAAGCUAAAAGAGGUUCAUCAAAGACUGAAGCUCAGGACAAAGCUCUAAACCUUUUACGUGUGCGUGCAGACUUGCAGAAAGCUAUUAACAGUGAAAACUAUGCUUUGGCAGCUGGGCUGCGCGAUGAAAUAGCCAAACUUGAGACCGAGUCCCUUGCAGUAUCUGCUAAAGCCCUUGCUUACCAAAAUGUGAAAUAUGUGUUUCGACUAGGGCAGAAAGUACGUCACAAGGUACAUGGAUAUAGAGCUGUGAUAUGUGGCAUGGAUCCUGUGUGCUGUGAAUCCAAGUCGUGGAUGGAGACAGCAAAUGUGGAGAAGCUGUCUAAAGGCCCAAAUCAACCUUUUUAUCAGGUCCUGGUUGAUGUAUAUGUUGAUCCAGAACUGCUUGUUGCAUAUGUCGCAGAAGAAAAUCUUUCAGCAGCUGAAGAAUCGGAGAAAGGAAGAUUUGAUCAUCCGUACAUUGAAUUUCUUUUUUUCGGUGAGGAUACAGCUGGGGACUUCAUCCCUAUCAAGCAGCUCCGUGAGAAGUAUGACCAGCCACGUUAUGAAGCUUCUGGAGAUGAAAAUGACGAUGAUGGCAACACAGAUAGCUGAAGGGCGAGAUAUAACUGCAGAUGGCAGACGCUAGACGACAACCAUCGGGGAAAUGCAAGCAUCUGCUGUAAUCUGCACUCUGCAGUGAGGUAAACUGUAUGUGCCUUCCCCCCGCAGAUUGGAGGCUACACUUUUACCAUCACCAAUUACUGAAGCCAAUCUUGAUAAAAGUUACAGCUGCGUCGCUUUUACGUUAUACCAUCGACGGUUGUAAAAAAAAAACCAAAAGAAAAAGAGGUCUUUAUGGAUGUUCUGUGUAUAGUUCCCCCAGAUCUUCUGUAAUUCUUUCCCUCUGACGGACAAUUGUGCAUAUCUCAUACUUGCAACUUUUGUGGAGUUUAGAAUAAGCGAAGGCUUCACAUUCAGCUGUU